CCACUCAGUCACGGGGAACCUUGAAUCCCACUUGAGGCCACUCGCAAGGGGCAUUAGUCGCGCGCAGGCAGCGGAGGCGGGAAGUUGCGUGUCAAGUGCUGCGUCGAUUGUACAAUGUGUUCGUCGUGGUUGUCUCUCGUCCGCAGUUGAACCAACGGACACUACUAUAUUUCAGCAAGACACCAGAAUGAAGAAAUGAAAGCAGAUAUAAAAUGCUUUGGGAGAGAAUCUUCUUGGUGCUUGCACACCUUUUGGUAGUCAUUCUGUUGGUGUCAUCACUUCCACCUCAGCCUGACUGCUACACAUCUUAUGGACAGAGAAUAAAGAAUGAGAUAACACAUUCCUGUUCAUUAAGAAAAUCAGAAAAUGUAGUUCCAAAUAUCAGUGAUUGGAAUCCCCCAAAGGAAGAAUUUCAACUGAAUCUCAAAGAUUCAAAACAGGGAAUAGUCACAGCAAAAUUUCCAAUACCAGAUACACUGAUAGACUUUGAAGUUACACUUCUCAUGAAUGAAUCAGCUAAAACAGAAGAUGAAUGCAAGAAAAGUCACAUUCAUCAAGAGUUUGUAACACAUUCAAGGAAAGUGAUCAACCGGAACCAUUGCAGUGGGAAGAAUGAAUCAAGUACAUGCAGUUCUUGUGCAUCAGUGUAUGUGGAAACUGAAUUGCACAAUGUAUUCACGGGGUGUUACAUGCUAAAAGUUCGCCCCAAUAGAACAUCUGAUGAUAAUCCAAUGUUAAAGCUAAACAGAUACUCUAACAGUAUUUUCAUAAAAUCAAUUUACCAAAAAACUUUUAUACAAACCCCAAAUAUGUCGUACGAGUACAAUCCACAUGCAAAUGUUGCAUUUAUAAACAUUACUUCCUCAUGGAUUGGAAAAAUUCCAUUGCUUGUUAGUAUGGGAUAUAUAGAGCGAGAGGCAGGGAAUCAGUCAUGUCAAACAAGUGGCAUUGUGCAGUCCUGCUGCAGCUCAAAAAUGCCAAAUGUUACUGUGCAACAGUGUGAAACAAACAACCCAAACCAUAGGCAUCCAGAAUGUGAUCCAGAGGCUGUUGGUCUAUCAUGUAGGAUAUUUAAUGUCACCCCUGGAAAUUAUUGUAUAAGAGCAGAGGUUCUGAAUGAUGAUCGAUGUGACAGCAGUUCAGUGUGGACACUUAAGAGCCACAGCUGUGUUUGGGUCUACAAUCUAGUGGCUGCUAAGGGAGUAGCUCCUACUGGAAUUCCUGACGUGUCACCUGAUAGCAGUAUUUUUUACAUCUACAUUGGUUUGGGGGCAGCUGCUUCACUUGCCUUUUUUGCUGCUGUCAUACAUGCUGUGAAAUAUUUUAGGAGAUACCUGUCUUAUAAUGAAGGGGGCACCAAGCCACACUGGACUCCCAGAAUAUUUCCAAGAGAUAAAAUUCUGCUUUUGUAUGCAUGUGAUUGUUCACCUUUUAUGGACCUAAUGACUACAUUUAGAAAAAUACUCCAGAAGGUGUCUUCUUGGGAGGUUUGCGAUGUCUUUGACCCACAUCAGUGGAAUGAAAUUGCUAUUGGCCGGCAAGAAUGGAUUCAAAGGCUGUUGUCUGAAGAUGAUACUGUGAUCAUAAUUGUUGAUAGUACAAGUGCAGUGUUACACCAGAAUGCUCUGGAGAACAAUUAUAUCAUAAACUAUUUUCAGCCAAGGCCAAAUAGUGAUCUGUUUACAUAUGCACUUCAGAUGAUAACCAACAAUAUACAAAGGAAUGUUUACAAGAAGAUCUUUGUUGUAAGGUUCAGUGGUUUCUCAGAAGAUGGGCAGACACUAAGGCAUAUUGCUCCACUACGAAGAUAUAUACUGCCUGAUCACUUCCAUCAACUCCUCAGCAGCCUCAAAGAGACAUCCUACCUCAGCUUUGAAGAAGGAUCUGAAGAAGACUUGAGAGAUGUUUGGGAACUUCAAAAAUGUCUUGACAAUCUAAUACUUUAUAAAUCGAACAACCCAAAAUAUCUCAAAAGUGUUUUAUACAGGACUUGAGGAAACUGAAUGUUUGUAGUGCAAAUAUUUCGUAAGAACAAUUGGUUUCUGACUGAAUAUUUUACAAGGCUGUACAGCAUUACUGUACAUGCAGGAAUAGAGAGGACAGAUCAGACUUUUUUAUUGUAAAUAAAUAUUCAACCUUUUUUUGUAAAUAUAUUUGUUCGCUGAAAAUUUUGCAAUGUUCUGUGUUCCUAUGUGUAUAAGUUGUUAAUAUUCUUCAUUCCUGUCAUUAGCAUUCUUUACAGAUUAUUUAACUGUUUUCACAAUGAAGGAUAAUGAGAAAGCAACCAGUGCAAAAUCAAUAUAUUAUAUUGAAUCAUGAAUGUAAAGUGAUUUGAUUAUUAAGUGUUUUGAGAUAAAUUCUUGUAUUUUAUGUUUUCUGUACAGAAGAAAGUUUCUUGUACCUUAAUAGCAUUGAUAGAUUAAGGCUGUGAUACAUUAUACCCAGUGAUUCUUAAAUUAUCAUUCAUUCAGUUAGUUUUUUAAGAUAAGCUAUGAUAAAUAAGCUGAAAAACAUUUGUAACACAUGAAACAGAUAUGGUGAAAAAAACCACACACACACACAAAACACAUAUAUGCAUACUACUACUGAUUCAUAUGACAAUGUAUUUUUGAAUUAGCAAUAGCUAAAAUCUUCUUAUCUACAUUGGAGACACUGGUUUGGAGAUUUCUGUACUUAUAAACAAAUUUAAUAUUUACCCUAAAUUAUAACAACUGUUCUCAUAUACACACUGUCAGCAUCAUGUAAUGGAGAAACACAACUAAAAAUGCCCAAAAAACAAGAUGGUCAUUUAAAAUUGCCAGUCAUGUUCAUUAUGUUCCUUGUCAGUAAUAUGCAUUCUAUUUAAUAAGAACAAGUCAAUAAAAGAAAUCUUACUCUGGUUAAUUGCAAGGCUCAGUAUGCUAAAUUAUAUACAGGGUGUACAUAAAGUCCGGGAGCACUUCCAAUUAUUUGUUGCACAAGAACUAAACAUUGUACAGAUGUCAUACAUAUUGCAUUUUGAAGAGAAACUCUGAAAGUUUUUAUUUUUCCCAACAUUCGAUAUGCGAACCUUGAGUGACCCGGCAGACAUCAAUACAGUUAUUGAAUUCUUGCCAUACCCGUCCCAGCAUGGCAUCUUCGACUGUGGCAGUCACUUCCCAUGUUCUCUCCCGGAGGUCUGCUAUGUCACGUGGUAGAGGUGGUACAUAUACCAGAUCUUUAACGUGUCCCCACAGAAAAAAUUCACAUGAAAUGAAAUCUGGUGAUCAGGGAGGCCAUUUCAUGAAACAGCUGUGCCCUUCUGUAGCACGGCCAAUCCAGCGAUGCGGCAGCUCCGUGUUCAGGUCCCCACGCACUUCACGAUGAAAAUGGGGUGGAGCCCCGUCCUACUGAAAGAUGAAUGGAGAGUGCGACUGCAUUUGAGGCAUCAGCCAUUGCUCCAACAUGUCCAAGUAGGAAUAUCCAGUGACAGUGCUCUCAUUCGUGCUCCACAUUCUUUUCACUCACACUGGGACGUCGGCUUCUCUUUGCCGGGUACAAGUAACCCGUCGUAACGAAUUUGUUGUGCCAGUGGUAAAUGGUCUUCCUUUGUGGUGGCUUCUUACUGUACAUAGUUCUAAACAUCCAUUGAACAGCUGUAGCACACUUGUUUUUGUCGAACUCCAACACACAGAAAGCUCGCUCCGCACCUGAACUCGCCAUGUUUGUGACUAGCACUGACUGUCGGCAAAUUACCAAACUACGCUGUGGCGGUAUACACAGGGGAAAAAAAAAAACUUUCAGAGUUUCUCUUCAAAAUGACUUAUUUAUGAUACCUGUACAAUGUUUGAUUCUUGUGCAAUAAAUAAUUGAAAGUGUUCCCGGACUGUAUGUACACCCUGUAUAUUCACAAGACAAAAUAUUACAGUAGCAUUUUGAAAGAUUGUUUCCAGUAAUCAUUUAGUGUUUUAUCCCUCUAGUAGGAAAUCAUUUCCUUCAAACAUGUUUUCAUGCUCCUAUCUAUGUUGUCACUGAUGUAGCUUUGUCUGCAGAGCAAAUUAUUACUUCAUGAUGGGACUGCCACUGAUUUAUUGUCUGUAAUAUCUAUUGUUUGUAAUACUUACAGUUGUUUAUAUAUGUGGAAAUAUUUCAUGAGCUAUCACCUUAUCUUCAGGUGAAACUUCUUGCAUUUUGAUAUCAGCCAUUGCAAAAAGAAUGUAUUUACUGCAGUGAUCUGGCUGUCACUGUGAUCAAAGAAAAAACUUGAAAAUUAUUAAGAAUUCUACAGCAUGAUUUACUAUCAAAUGUUAGUAAUGUGAAUUUACAAUUUGUCUUGUGUACUGUAAAGAAACUACAAUUUUCAUCAACACACUACAUCUUCAUGCACAUUUCUAUAAUUGCAAAAUCUUUCAUGGUACACUGCACUUCAUUACCAAAGAUCUUUUGUAUAUCUUUAUUAUGAAAUUAUUUAAUAAAAUACGUAACAAGGAA